AUGGUUGACAACAGCCACAUGCCUUACGAGCUUACCCUGCACCCUCAAAGCGAAGUUCACAAUGAAUUACAGAGGACAGAGAGUCGAGAAGUAACACACUCGUCGAUUGAUACCCCUUCAAGGGACCCUGAAUCGGAGUUGGAGGCCUGGCUAUGCGUUAUAGGAGCAUUUGCUUUCGCGCUUCCCUCUUAUGGAUUCAUGCAAUCUGUUGGCACUAUCCAGUCGUACCUUCAACUGAACCAACUUCAGGAUUAUUCAGUUGGUCAAGUCGGAUGGAUUCCAGGAGUCUAUCUCUUUCUCACAUACUUCUUCGGCAUCCAAAUUGGACCCAUCUGUGACUAUGGAGGACUUAUGCCCGUUGGCGCUAUCGGCGUUCUCAUGACUAUUGCAUCAUUCUUCAUCCUGGCCGAAUGCACGGCUUAUUGGCACUUUAUGCUAUGCCUCGGCUUACUCGCAGCACUCGGCAGUGCCACAAUAUCAACACUCGGCAUGUCCGUUGUGGGCAAGCUCUUUGUCCGACGACGUGGAUUAGCUAUGGGCAUUGCCUUGACGGGUUCAGCGGUUGGCUCCAUCAUCUUGCCGCUCAUGCUCCGUUCGCUUCUACCAGGUAUAGGUUGGAAGUGGACAAUGAGGGUAUUGGCGUUCACGAUUGCCGGUAUCACGACGCCAGGUCUCUUGUGUUUCUUGCCCUCGCAGCGUCUCGCCGCUCGUGCCCCGCGGCAGCGGCUCCAUAACAGCCAGGCUCUGCUAGACUUUACUGCCUUCCAGUCGCCGGCGUUUACCUUCAUGUCAUUGGGAUCUCUUCUUCUGGAGUUCGUAAUUUUUGGUAUCGCUGGCCUACUGCCAACGGUCGCUACAAAAGCAGGAUUUACCCCAGAAGAUGGUUACUUGAUGAUAGUUGUUCUGAGUGUCUGUUCUUUCGUCGGGCGCAUCCUGCAUGGCUUGGCUGCUGAUUGGCUGGGUCCAUUUAAUGUCUUGCUGAUGACCAUCACAUUUACCAUUGUCUCAAUGGCGGCAUCAUUUAUACCAUUUACAAACCAAGCAGGAGCAUCCCUAUUUGUGUUCUCUGCCCUAUGGGGAUUUGGAUCGGGGUCGUUUCUGUCUAUUCCGCCUGUCUGCCUAGGAGCAAUAUGUGCGGUAAAGGAUUACGGGAGAUACUAUGGUACAUAUCAAUUAUAUUCCACAGCUGCUCUGCUCUGUAUAUACUGA